CUAAAUCCCAGGAUUAUCGAGUUAUUAAGUUUAUUAUAGUCAAUCUUUUACUAGGAAAAUAAAUAAAUGGGAAAUGACUAAUCUAACUGAGGUAACAGACGAACAACUUAAAGUAUUAAAAGAUUUUGCUACUUCCGAAAACAAAGAAUUAGUCUCUCAGUUGGAAGAUAUUUUGGAAGAUGUAGCAAAAACAGGUCAAUAUAUAUUUCCAUGGCAUUUCAUGAAGCCAUUGUAUGUGUACAAACUUGACAAGGUCACAGCAGCAUUUUUAAAGUCCACUCCACCUCUGAAAAGUGAUGGAACUGAAGACGAGGCUGAGAUAAAAAAUUUAGAUAACUUUCGCAAUGAGCUAUUGGAAAUCUUUGACAAAUUUAUAUGUGCUCCUUUCACCAUUCAGAGAGUUUCUGAAUUGUUAACAAAUCCAAAGAAGCAUUAUAAAUCAACUGCAAAAUUCUUCCGUGGACUAGAAAAGAACAUACUGGUUGUAAGCACAGUAAAUCAUAUUCCACUGGAACAAAGACCAAUUUUAAAGCGCUCACAUGUUGAAGACAUUCCAGAGACUAAUCAAAAUGGUUAUAUUGAGACUGAAAUAAAACCACCAGUUAAGAAGCCUGUUCCUGAUGAAGAAGCAAAGGCCUCUAAUACUAGUGUGGAACGAGUUGUAGAAAGCGAUACAACAAACAAUGAAGCAGCUGUUAAAAAUGAAACCAACAAAAAUCCUCAGGAAUCUUUAGAGAGUAUGUUACUAUGUAAGGAGAAAGUUAACGAUGAUGAUGCAAAAAGUAAUACACAAGUUGGUGAGCUAGCUACACCUUCUAAGGAGAAGAACACAACCGUGAAAGAAGAUGAAGUCAAUGAUAAUGAUAAUGAAUUAUCAAAUAAUCUAUCAACAGAGAGCACACCGCCAGAUGGAAUGGUCGAUAAAGAGCAAGUUUCUAUGGAGGAGGGAUAGACCAUACAUCUGUUUUAUACUAAUUAGAAAUUUUUAGUGUCUGUGGAAUGAAUGAAGUGCUUUUUUAGACUACUGUAUAUUUCUGGUAUAAUUAAAUAAAUGUAUUGUUGUA